ACCAUGCCGAAUCUAACGCAGUUCAUACCACAGGUGCUGCUGCUCGUCAUCGCUGCACCAACAGCUUCACCGAUUGCCUUUGGCGCGGACGUCACCCACGUGAUUGGUCUCGCUGGAACUACCCGGGAGGAAUCCACGGCUGCGUCAUCUGUGACGUGGUACAACAUCGAUGACUUCCGCACGGGGGCGCACCGGGGAACGCUUCCGUUUCCGUCGACUGGCUGUUGUCUACAAAAGGAUCUACCACCCUUGCAAGCAUCGGGGCACGACACAACCAUGCCGAAUCUAACGCAGUUCAUACCACAGGUUUGUUACUUGAAAUACGCGAAAUGUUAUCGUUCCAAUAACAUACUGCUCUUAGAGGUGUCGUGCCCCAUCGACCUAAAGCGUCUACUAACCCUUUGUUGCAGCGCUGUAACCUUUGUGUUCAAUUGUUUACUUUCGUUACCCCAUGAUGGCUGCCUUCUUUUCCUUGACGCGUUAUUGCUGCUUUGCGGAGACGUCGAGCUCAACCCUGGCCCUACUGAUAUGGAAAAAUUGAGCAAACUAAUUGAAAACCUGGCGUCGACCAAUGACAAGUAUCAAAACGAAACACGCGAAAGACUGAGCGGCAUCAGUUCAGGGAUCGACGAACUAAAGCAGAAGGUAGCUACUCUCGAGAAGCAAAUGCAGGAAAUAAACGGAAUUAAGGAAAGGCUUGCCGUGGUCGAAUCUUCCUUGCACGAAGUUCAAAGAGAAGUCUGUCACUCGCAUGAUAAAAUAGACGCCCUUGACGCUGGUAUCGACGACCUCAACAACAGAAUGAGGUGGAACAACUUGUUAUUUAGGGGCAUCCCAGAGAAACAAAAGGAGACGUGGGAAGAAACGGCUUGCCUCAUAAAAGAAUUCGUUAAUAACCAUCUGGGUGUCUAUCUCGGAGGACUUUACUGCUAG